GUGGUGACGGUGCAGGAGGGGCUGUGCGUCCACGUGCCCUGCUCCUUCUCCUACCCCCGGGACGGCUGGACUGACUCUGACCCUGUUCAUGGCUAUUGGUUCCGGGAAGUGGCCGAUAUAGGCCGAAAUGCUCCAGUGGCCACAAACAACCCAGCUAGGAAAGUGCAGGAGGAGACCCAGGGUCGAUUCCACCUCCUUGGGGAUCCCGGGAGGAACAACUGCUCCCUGAGCAUCAGAGACGCCAGGAGGAGGGACAAUGGGUCAUACAGUUUUUGGGUGGAGCGAGGAAGAAAUGCGAAAUGGAGUCACACAUCUCCCCCCCCCCCUCCCCCCGUCUCCGUACACGUGACAG